UGGUGUAUAUCCUACUGAACCUGGCAGGAGCUUGGACCCAGACGGCUAGGCGCUGUAUCCCCUCGUGCCCUUUGAACUCAGAAUGUGUUGAGAAUCGCUGUCGAUGCAAGUCAGGCUUCGCCCCAAGUGGUGACGGGCUCACCAUUGACUUCUCAGGGAGCUGUGACGACAUCAACGAAUGUUUAAAACAUAGUGUAACAGUCAUCUGUGGACCAUUUGCCACGUGUCAGAAUUCAGUGGGGAGCUACCACUGCGUAUGCAACCAGGGAUAUAAGCUCGUUUCUGGGAAGAAAUCUUUUGCUAACAGGAGUGAGAACACAUGUGAAGGGUCUGUCCUCUUCCCAGCAUCAGUGGACACUGGGGUGACACCUGCCCCCUCCGGGAUCCACACAGUUGCUGCUGUGCCUGAAAACCUCCCUAAGCAGCAAGCUGCAGUACACCCGUGGACACAGCCUGGAGACCCAGGAGAAAAGACAUCCAAGGAUGUGAAUGAAUGCACCUCCGGGCAAAACUACUGCCACCAAUCCACCCAUUGCGUCAACAAGCUGGGCACCUAUGCUUGCAUCUGUCGCCAAGGCUGGAAACCUGUUCUUGGAUCCCCCAAUGGCCCAACCAACACAAUGUGUGAAGAUAUUGAUGAGUGCAGCUCUGGGCAGCAUCAGUGUCACAGCUCCACCAUUUGUGAUAACACCCCAGGCUCCUACAAGUGCCGCUGCCGUCCAGGUUGGAAGCCAACUUCUGGGUCCCUCAAUGGCCCAAAGAACACUAAGUGCCAAGAGCCAUCCUUCCCGACAUGGACACUGCUGCCCACAGCCCAGAGCCAAAGUCUUUCUCGCUUCUCCAUUGAAGUCCGGAAUCUGCUCAAAGACUUUGAUCUAGCCACGGCCAACCACACCAUUCAGAAAGUCAUUGAGGCCAUGGACAAGCUGUUGGAAGACCCCACGGAUAUAGAAACUCUAAACCCCACUGACCGACACCAAGUAGCCAUCCAGUUGCUCAAGUACAUGGAACAAACCCUUCGGACCUUGGCCCAGUUCUUACCCAAAGGCUCCUUCACCUACACGUCGCCCUCAAACACUGAACUGUCGUUGAUGAUCAAGGAGCAAGACAACAAAGAUAUCACCACAGUGUACCAUAGCCAAGCUUGGGUGAAACUGGACUGGGCUGUGGCAGCUGGAGCCAAAAGCUCAGAAAACGGCCACUCCUUGGCAGGCAUCCUGUCCAGUCCAAACAUGCAGAAGUUGCUAGCUGAUGCCUCCAUGCACCUGAACCAGAGCCGGGAUAUAUUGGAGGAGCGCUUCGAAAGCCCACUUCUAAAUGUUUCACUUACGCUCCUCUCAAACAUCAAUUCCAUCUUUCUGACCAACACCGACACUAGGAAACUUGCCUCGAACGUCACAUUCAACUUCUCUCAUCCUGCGAGGUCAACAAAGCGGCCACGUGAAGACCUGAUAUGUGCCUUCUUGGACACUGGUGACGAUGGGAAUGGGCACUGGUCCACUGACGGCUGCUCAAUGAACGGCACUAUCUGCCACUGCAACCACCUGAGCAGCUUUGCCAUCCUGAUGGCCCAGUACCACGUGCAGGAUCCGAGACUGGAAUUGAUCACCAAGGUGGGGCUGUCACUUUCGCUCAUCUGCCUGCUGCUGUGUAUCCUGACCUUCCUGCUGGUGAAACCCAUCCAGAGCUCUCGAACCGUGGUGCACCUGCACCUGUGCAUCUGCCUUUUCCUGGGCUCUGUCAUAUUCCUGGUGGGCAUCGAGAAUGAAGGGGGUGAGGUGAGCCUGCGAUGCCGCCUGGUGGCAAUGAUGUUACACUACUUCUUCUUGGCAGCCUUCUGCUGGAUGGCCCUGGAAGGUAUAGAGCUCUACUUCCUUGUAGUGCGCGUGUUCCAGGGCCAAGGACUGAGUACACAAUGGCGCUGCCUGUUCGGCUAUGGGGUACCCUUCCUCAUCGUGGCUAUCUCAGCAGCUGCCAAAAUGGAUGGAUAUGGGCAACAAACAUACUGCUGGUUGAACCAUAAGGAGGGCUUUCUUUGGAGCUUUGUGGGACCCUUGGCCUUCAUCAUUUUUUGUAACUCUGCCAUUUUUGUGGUUACUGUCUGGAAGCUCACAAUGAAAUUUUCUGAAAUCAACCCAAACAUGAAGCAAUUAAGGAAGGCACGGGUGCUGACCAUCACAGCCAUUGCCCAGCUCACUGUGCUGGGCUGUACCUGGGUCUUCGGCCUGUUUCUCUUCAACCCCCACAGCACAUGGCUGUCCUACAUCUUCACCUUGCUCAACUGCCUGCAGGGCCUCUUCCUCUACUUGAUGCUCUGCCUGCUCAAUAAGAAGGUGAGGGAAGAGUACCGAAAGUGGGCCUGCAUGGUUGCUGGCAACAAGUACUCAGAGUUCAGCUCUUCCACAACAGGCACUGGCACCAGCCAGAGUCACACACGGGCUCUCAGGCCCUCAGAAUCAGGGAUAUGAAGGCAGGUUCCAGCCAGGUCACCAGCAUACACUCAAGGCUGUCACUCUUCUGUCUUCUGUUCCUGCCAUCUUCCCACCUUUGGCCCCAUUUUUGAUAAAGAAGGGAUGUACACCCAUGUUACAUGAUGUUACAGGGCAAUGAGCCCUGUAACAGGGUAAAGGGGCCACUGGUCCUGCUUCUGGUUGCCUCUCUGCCCCAUCACAGCUACUGCCUACCACAGAAACAGAAGCCAGCCAGCACCACCUUAGCCCACUGCCCUGGUACAUGAAACAGGCAGUCCUGGGGACAGAUGCAGGUCCCUUGACCUUGGCACAUAAGAGGCCAGGGUGCUGGGUUCAAUUUCUUUAAGCGAAGACUGAUGCUAUGUCAGCCAUCAAUGAUCUUGCCUGCUGCCAAAGCUCACGGUACAGAGGCCCAGCUGCCCCACAUCCAGGGAGGAAGGGUCUCACUGUUAUAAAGGUUUUAUGUUUUGUAAUAUUUUUUAAACCUGUAAACCUCUCAAUGUUGACACAUAAAAUUAAAUAUACUGAUGGAAAAAAA